AUGCAGCUCAAGAACUCCAUGUUCCUGCUCACGGCGUUGACGGCCGGUUCCGCCGUCGCCCGUAUGCACGGCCACGAGCGCCGUCAUACUCAUCACCACAUGCAGCACGAGGAGAAGCGCCAGGUCGGUGAAAUGGUCUACGCCAACAUCAACGGUAUCUGGCAGUCCUGGAUCAACAAUUGGUCUGGUCACCCCACCACUACCGCCGGCUCUGGUUCCGCUCCUACCCAAGCUUCCUCCUCAACUUCCUCUGUUGUUUCCAUCACCGCUGCCCCUAGCGCCAGCAGUGGCCCUACCGUAACCACCCCCGGAUCCUGCAAGGAGUGGCAUGCGGACAGUGGCUCGUACACCCGCGAGGGCUUCGGAGGGCAGACCAAGAACAACGGCGAGGCCUACAUCAAGUACAUCGGUAAUGUUGGCAACCCGUAUGGCAGCAACAUCAUCGAGGUCUCCGAGAGCAAGGCCUGCGAGUACAAGCACGUCGUUCGCAUUGACGGCAGUGAGAAGGAGCCCUGGACCGUUGCCUUCUGGAACAAGAUGGGCCCCGAUCUCAAGCUCACUGGCUGGUACGGUAAUGCUGUCCUGACCAUCAAGAUCAACCCCGGUGAGAGCAAGUAUGUUGCUUUCGACGACGACUCCCAGGGUGCCUGGGGUGCUGCCAAGGGUGACAAGCUUCCUGUGGACCAGUUCGGUGGCUACGCCUGCACCUGGGGUGAAUUCGACUUCGGCAACACCUCCAACGAGGGCUGGUCUGGCUGGGACGUGUCCGCCAUUCAGGCUCAGAACGCCGGUAUGGAUGUCCAGGGUAUGAAGAUCUGCACCCACGACAACCAGAAGUGCUCUACCAUCUCCAACUUUGCCAAGCUGGUGGAGAACGCCUACACUGCUCUUGAGGCCGGUGUUGACGGCAUUGGUGGCGAGUGGACCAAGGGUGCCCUCCGUCUGAUUGUCAACAUUGACUACGACUAA